GCCAGUCCAUCAGAUUGGCCCUCGGGUGACUCUUCCGACUGCGGGCACAGCAGUGCAUGACACUGCUCACUCGAUCACAGACCAAGGCCAUGGACCGGAAGGCGGGAGAAUCCCUCCUGGCCUAUGAGGAACGCCUGGCGGCAUUCAUUCAGGAGGCCAACGAUAGGGCCGCCGCCGCGGCUAAGGAACGUAAUCGGCUCGAACAAGAGGAGGAGGCCAAGCGACAGAAGGAGGAACAGGAUCGACUUCGUCAAGAAGAGGCAGACCUGCAGGCGGCAGCCGAACACCGGUCACGCCAGCGGGAACGGCUGUUCACGCGGGAGACCGUGAUCGGCAAUGAGGCCGCACAUUGGGUGGAAGUGACAUCUGCAGACGGGGCCCCGGAGACUGAGAAAGGGCUGUCAGCCCUUGCGCAGGUCUCCCACGACCUCGUGGCCACCUGCGCUCUGCAGCAGGAGGAAAUCCUUCACCUGCAGCAGACAGUGGACCAGAUGCUCGCACGGCUGUAGGCGUUGGAGAAACAGCCAGCUGCUGUAGCAGCCGCAAGGCCUUCCACCCUUACCACCCGUGUGCAAGUUUUGGAGGAUGACGUCAGCAACAUCAAGCGUGUGCAUCAGGACUUUCGGACGUAGCAGCAAGCAACGAACGUGCAGUUGGAGAUGCAGGUCCAGGCUGCUGCCACCGUGACGCCCGCCGCCGCAUCCUCCCGGCGCCCACCCAAGCUGGAUGACAUUCCCGUCUUCUGCGAUCAGUCCAAGACGGAACUGAUCCCGUGGUGGCGCCAGUUUACUCUCAGGUUCGACAUGCACCAUGUC